GGGGUUUUAAAGGUUUGACCUUUUUUAUUCGCACCACAAAACCCUAAAUUUCUCAGUCUCACUGAUUUCUCCAUCCAUUUCUUCUGAAAUACGAAUCUUUGAAUCCCCAUUUCGAAUUCGACACCGAAAAACAUGAGUUUCGCGGCCUUCAAGAUGAUGCAUUGCCCGACCGGCGUCGAGAACUGCGCUUCCGGCUACAUCACCCACUCACGCGCCGACUCGGCUCCUCAGAUUCCGGCGAUUCCCGCCGAUGAACUCGAGGCGGAGUGGCCCUCAUCCAAGCGCGGCAUCGGGGCCGUGCCCAAUCUCGUUGUCUCUGCCGGGAAUGUACUUGAGGUGUACGUCGUUAGGGUUCAGGAGGAAGGAAACGGUCAGGAGCUGAAGAACCCGAGGCAUGCUAAGCGCGGCGGAGUCAUGGACGGUGUUUCCGGCGUCUCUCUCGAGCUCGUUUGCCACUACAGAUUGCAUGGUAAUGUCGAGUCAAUUGCGGUGCUACCCAUGGGGGGCGGCAAUGGUUCUAAGGGAAGAGAUUCUAUCGUGAUGGCUUUUCGCGACGCCAAAAUUUCAGUUCUUGAAUUUGAUGAUUCGAUUCACGGUCUUCGAACUAUCUCGAUGCACUGUUUUGAGGGUCCAGAAUGGCUUCAUCUGAAAAGAGGAAGAGAGUCAUUUGCACGAGGCCCAUCGGUAAGCGUGGAUCCUCAAGGCAGGUGUGGCGGUGUUCUUGUUUACGGUUUGCAGAUGAUAAUACUGAAGUCUUCUCAGGUUGGCUCUGUGUUAGUUGGAGAUGAUGAUGCUUUCAGUUCCGGGGGGGCAGUUUCUGCUCGCUUUGAGUCGUCAUAUAUAAUUAACUUGCGAGAUUUGGACAUGAAACAUGUAAAAGAUUUUGUUUUUCUACACGGAUAUAUUGAGCCUGUAAUUGUCAUCCUUCACGAGGGAGAGCAUACCUGGGCUGGGCGUGUUUCAUGGAAGCAGCAUACUUGCAUGCUUUCAGCCCUUAGUAUCAAUACGACAUUGAAACAGCACCCCGUCAUAUGGUCAGCUGCUAAUCUGCCACAUGAUGCCUACAAAAUACUUGCGGUGCCAUCUCCAAUCGGGGGUGUUCUGGUUUUGAGUGCAAACACAAUCCAUUAUCACAGUCAGUCAGCUUCGUGUGCUCUGGCACUGAACAAUUAUGCCGCUUCAUUUGAUAGCAGUCAAGACUUGCCUAGAUCAAAUUUCAGUGUGGAACUGGAUGCUGCCCGUGCAACAUGGAUAUCAAACGAUGUAGCCUUGUUGUCAACAAAAACUGGGGAAUUGCUGCUGUUGACUCUUAUUUAUGAUGGGCGUGUUGUACAGAGACUUGAUCUUUCGAAAUCAAAAGCUUCUGUGCUUACUUCGGACAUUAGUAGUGUUGGAAGCUCCCUGUUCUUUCUAGGUAGCAGGCUGGGAGACAGUUUACUCGUGCAGUAUUCCUGUCGGUCUGGAGGCCCAGCAUCAUUACCUGGUCUAAAAGAUGAGUGUGACGAUAUUGAAGGUGAUGGUCAUCAAGCAAAACGUUUACGGAUGUCUUCAGAAACAUUUCAAGAUACAAUUGGUGGUGAAGAGCUUUCAUUGUAUGGUUCAGCUGCAAAUAACUCUGAUUCAGCGCAGAAAUCAUUUUCAUUCGCAGUGAGGGAUUCACUAGUUAAUGUUGGUCCAGUGAAAGAUUUUGCAUAUGGCUUAAGGAUCAGUGCUGAUGCAAAUGCCACUGGGAUUUCCAAACAGAGCAAUUAUGAAUUGGUGUGCUGUUCAGGUCAUGGGAAGAAUGGCUCUUUAUGUGUUCUUCGGCAGUCAAUUAGACCAGAAAUGAUAACUGAGGUUGAACUCCCAGGCUGCAAAGGAAUAUGGACAGUUUAUCACAAGAGUUCUCGUGGUCAUAAUGUUGAUUCUUCUAAAGUGGCUGCUGAUGAAGAUGAAUAUCAUGCUUAUUUGAUUAUAAGCUUGGAAAAUCGCACAAUGGUUCUUGAAACUGCCGACCUUCUCACAGAAGUCACUGAAACUGUGGACUAUUAUGUUCAGGGAAGAACAGUUGCCGCUGGGAACUUGUUUGGAAGGCGCCGGGUUAUUCAAGUCUUUGAACAUGGUGCUCGCAUUCUGGAUGGUUCUUUUAUGACUCAAGAGUUAAGCUUUGGAGCUCCUAACUCAGAAUCCAGUUCUGGUUCUGAAAGUUCCACAGUCUCAUCUGUUUCAAUUGCUGAUCCAUAUGUCUUACUUAGAAUGACAGAUGACAGUAUCCGGCUGCUUAUUGGAGAUCCUUCUACUUGUACGGUAUCCAUAAGUAGUCCAGCUAUACUUGAAAGCUCCAAAAAGAAGAUAUCUGCCUGUACUUUGUACCACGAUAAAGGCCUUGAGCCUUGGCUACGGAAAGCAAGCACUGAUGCAUGGCUUUCUUCUGGAGUUGGAGAGGCCAUUGAUGGUGGUGAUGGUGGACCACAAGAUCAGGGUGACAUAUACUGUGUUCUCUGUUAUGAAACUGGCGCUCUUGAGAUAUUUGAUGUGUUCGGUUUUAGUUGUGUUUUCUCUGUUGAUAAAUUUGCAUCUGGAAGAACCCACCUCUAUGAUAUGCCUAUUCAAGAAUCAGAGUCCGAGCUCGACAAAACCUCGGAGGGUGGUGCUGCCACUAGGAAAGAUAAUAUUCAGAAAACAAAAGUUGUUGAGGUAUCUAUGCAGAGAUGGUCGGGGAAUCAUACUCGUCCUUUCCUUUUUGCAAUAUUGGCCGAUGGCACCAUUCUCUGUUACCAUGCGUUCCUGUAUGAGGGUGUUGAUGGUACUAAAGCUGAGAACCCUGUUUCCUUGCCAAACCCUGUUGGCCUAAAUGCUUCUUCUGGUGCUUCUAAGCUUAGAAAUCUGAAGUUUCUCCGUAUUCCCUUGGACACAUUCACAAGAGAGGAGGCUUCAAAUGGAGUUUUAGCCCAAAGAAUUACCAUGUUCAAGAACAUUAGUGGUCACCAAGGGUUUUUCCUUUCUGGUUCAAGACCUGGAUGGUGUAUGUUGUUCAGAGAGCGGCUUCGAUUUCAUCCGCAGCUAUGUGAUGGGUCAAUUGUGGCCUUCACGGUCCUCCACAACGUGAAUUGCAAUCGCGGGUUCAUAUAUGUUACAUCACAGGGAAUUUUGAAGAUUUGCCAACUUCCUUCUGCAUCAAUCUACGAUAAUUAUUGGCCAGUACAGAAAGUUCCUCUUAAGGCUACGCCUCAUCAAGUUACAUACUACUCUGAGAAGAAUCUGUAUCCAAUCAUAGUAUCUUUUCCUGUUAACAAGUCAUUAAAUCAAGUGAUGUCUUCACUAGUUGAUCAAGAAGCUGGCCAGCAGAUGGACAGUCAUAAUCUAAGUUCCGAAGACCUCCAAAGGACUUACACUGUGGAUGAAUACGAAAUUCGGAUUAUGGAACCGGAAAGAAGUGGUGGGCCUUGGGAAACUAAAGCCACUAUUCCAAUGCAGAGUUCAGAAAAUGCACUGACCGUGCGCGUUGUCACACUUCUUAACGUGACAACGAAAGAGAAUGAGACACUUCUGGCUGCUGGAACCGCUUAUGUGCAAGGAGAGGAUGUUGCUGCGAGGGGCCGUGUGCUUCUAUUCUCAAUUGGAAGGAACGAUGAUAACUCUCAGAAUUUGGUUUCGGAAGUCUACUCGAAGGAGCUAAAAGGUGCGAUAUCGGCUGUAGCCUCGAUUCAGGGUCAUCUUCUAAUAGCGUCUGGUCCUAAAAUCAUCUUGCACAAAUGGAAUGGCACCGAGUUAAACGGUGUCGCCUUCUAUGAUGCUCCUCCCCUCUACGUCGUGAGCAUGAAUAUCGUGAAGAAUUUCAUCCUCCUUGGUGAUGUUCACAAAAGCAUAUAUUUUCUUAGUUGGAAGGAACAAGGUUCCCAGCUUAACUUACUGGCCAAGGAUUUCGGGUCCCUUGAUUGUUUUGCUUCAGAGUUUUUGAUUGAUGGAAGUACUCUCAGCUUGGCAGUCUCUGAUGAGCAGAAGAACAUUCAGAUAUUCUAUUAUGCACCGAGGAUGUCUGAGAGUUGGAAAGGGCAGAAACUUCUAUCGAGGGCAGAGUUUCACGUCGGUGCCCACGUGACGAAGUUCUUGCGUCUGCAGAUGGUUGUAUCUCCGGGCGCUGAUAAGACAAAUCGGUUCGCGUUGUUGUUCGGUACCUUAGAUGGAAGUUUCGGGUGUGUUGCCCCGCUCGAUGAGCUCACCUUCCGUAGGCUUCAGACUCUACAGAAAAAGCUCGUGGAUGCUGUUCCUCAUGUAGCAGGUUUGAACCCGCGUUCUUUCCGACAGUUCCACUCGAGUGGUAAAGCUCGGCGGCCAGGCCCUGACAGCGUAAUUGACUGUGAGCUACUCAGCCAUUAUGAGAUGCUGCCAUUGGAGGAACAGCUUGAGCUUGCUAACCAGAUUGGAACUACCCGUUCUCAGAUUCUCUCUAACCUCAUCGACCUUUCUGUCGGAACAAGCUUCUUUUAGGACUUGGAAAAACACAUGUUACAAUGUCUGUUAUGGAGGAAGGCUUUCGUUGCUUAAUCAUCUCAUCAAUGACUGGUUCUGUAAAGUUGCUGUAUUUUUAUGUAUUGCCAAAUUCUCAACACUGACGCUUUCUGUACUGCAUUUUGAUUUGGUUUCAAAUGGGUUUGACUCCACUUUUUUUUA